AUGGCAGGGUGGAAGCGAGAAACAACGGCUGGCGGAAAGAGCAUACUCACCCCAGGGCCUGAUACUGUUAGCACGCCAUAUGCGCCGCCGAUACAGCACUCUCACGACCAUGGGAACCACGAUCACCACGACCACCACCAUAGCCACGGCCACGAUCAUCAUCAUCACCAUGACCACGACCACGACCACGAUCACGAUCACGACCAUCACCACGAUCAUAAACAUGACCAUGACCACUAUCACCCCCACGGCUCAGCCCAAGAGCAGAACACGGAACGCUCUCUCUUUACAAGGAUUAUUCUCCCAUAUACAGCCAGGUUUCCAUUAUUGCAUGCAAUUGUAUCAGAGAAAGAUUCCAGGCGGAUUUUCUAUUUCAUGGUCCUAAACUUUUCGUUUAUGAUUGUCCAGGCGUUCUACGGAUACCUUACCGAUUCUCUUGGUCUUCUCAGCGACAGUAUUCAUAUGUUUUUUGAUUGCGUGGCGCUUCUUGUAGGGCUGGUGGCCGCAGUGAUGAGCAAGUGGCCCCCAAGCCAGAGAUUUCCAUAUGGCUUUGGCAAAAUCGAGACCCUCAGUGGCUUUGCAAAUGGUAUCUUGUUGAUGCUCCUGAGUCUUGAGAUUGCUUUUGAAGCCUUUGAGCGUCUUUGGGAAGGGACAAAAACCAAGCGUCUUGGCGAGUUAUUUGUCGUGAGCAGCCUUGGUCUGGCUGUAAAUAUGGUGGGUAUGAUGGCUUUUGGCCAUCACCACCAUCAUGGCCACGAUCAUUCCCAUGGACAUGGGCAUGGGCAUGACCAUUCCCACGAUCACGGACAUGACCAUGGAUGCAACUCCCACGGUGGUCACAAUCAUGGACAUGACCAUGACCAUGAGAACGAGAACAUGCAUGGUAUUUACCUUCAUGUCCUGGCAGAUACACUCGGUAGCGUGUCUGUCAUUGUAUCAACAAUUUUGACGAGUUUUUGGGGUUGGGCUGGUUGGGAUCCUCUGGCAUCAUGUUUCAUUGCCGCGCUGAUCUUUCUUUCUUCGAAGCCGCUGGUCAUGUCAUGUGCGAAAAGGCUUCUGCUGAGCGUGCCAGAGACGACAGAAUACAAUCUUCGAAACACAUUGGGUGGGAUUUUGAAUCAACGCGGUGUCGUCAGCUACGCGGCGCCCAAAUUUUGGAUAUGCGAUCGAACAGGAACUGAUGCCGGAUGGAGUUUGGAGGGAGUUGUACAUGUUGUUGCUGCUAAGAAUGCAUCUCUCAACGAUGUGAGGGAACGUGUCCUGGAUUACUUGCAGAAAGAAGGCGUUGUUGCGAUUGUACAGGUGGAAAGAGAAGGAGACAACAGUUGCUGGUGCACGAGAGGGCGAGCAUUGAAUCUUCCAUCAACACCGAAACCAUUUUAG